CUAAUCCCUUGUACCCUUGUUUUAUACCUGUACAAAUUUAUACACAGUCCUCCUCUCCCACCACCACUACCCUUUUACACACACACCGAGCAUGUGCAGAUUCACCAUUGCCACGCUCGAGUGCGGGCACCCGCAAGAAGACCACGUCGACACAUAUGGCUGCCCCUAUUUCCAAAGAAGUAACCUGCACUGUGACCGCGACAACCCCAACAACAAGGACCGCUUUACCAUCCGAACAUGGGACCGCGAGGGCAUCUGCAACCGGUGUCUGAGCAUGGCACGCAAGAGAGAGGAAGAGGCGAUUGAGCGCGAGCAGCGCAAGUACGACGAGCAGCGGCGCCGCGAGGCCAAGGAGCGCGAGGAGGAGCUACGCCGCGGCGAGCGCGAGGUGCUCGAAAAGGGCCAUCGCCAGGCCGAGGAGGAGCGUCUGGCUGAGAAGCGGCGCCGUGAUGAAGCACGCGAGGCCCGUCUGCGCCAGGAGCGUGCCCACGAGGAGCGCGUCAGGGAGAUGGAGCGAAAGAGCAAGGAGGAGUAUGACCGCCAGAUCCAGAACCAGAUGGACCGCGACAUGGAGUACAUGAUGAAGCAGUCGCGCGAAGAGGCCAUGCGGCGGGAGCAGGAAGAGGAGGAGGAGAUACGACGUGCGCUGGCCGAGUCGGCGAGACUGCUCGACGAGGAGAGGAGGAGUCAAGAGGACCGGAUGACUUCCUCAUCGCGAGACCGCGACGACGACCGCAUAGAAUCCUGGAUCAAGAGCACCACAACCACAAACACAACCACGACACCCAGAAUAUACACUCCACCAACAAUGUCGGCUUCGCCCCCCUCUCCACCCGCUACACCCCCUAAACUGGCCGCUUCGCCUCCUCCACCACCACCGCUGCCCACUGCUGCCAACAAGAACGCUGCUGCUAUCAAUACCAAUGCCAAUGCCAAUACUACAGCUACUACUACAAAGACAGCUCCCCGCCCCCCACCAGCGCCCAAGCCCCCGACCCCAGCCAAGGAAAUCAACUACUCGCUUCCCGCCGUCGGGGACCAGAAAAUCGGGCGGUUCCGCCUGGGCAGCCGCGCGGUGCCCAUCCACGAGUCUCAGGAUAUCCCCGAGGCACCGCCUACGCCGGCCAAGCCCAUGGCGCCCACGGGGGCCGCGCCCUCGCCCAUGGUGCGCCUGGGCGGCGCCAUUCCCGCGUCCGACGUGCCCAUUGUGCGCGAGAUCAAGGGCCAGGUCAUGCCUGUUCCGAGUGCCAUGGAUGCCGCGCGGACGGGCCUGAGGAAGCCGAGUGUCUCGCGCAAGGGUCCUCCUCCGCCCGUGCCUGACCGCAGCGGCAAGGAUCCUCAGCUCGAGGCGAUGCUGGCUAAGCGCCGUGCCUGGGAGCCAGAGGACGAGGACGAUGCUACUAUUACGCCUCCGCGCUCUCCUUCAAAGGGCCACUCGCGGCUUGCAGACGAGCGCGCCCGGAGAAUGACGCCUCAAGAAUUCGACUCAAAGCGCAAGAUGGGCUGGAAGAAUGCAGACGACGAAUAAUGCUCUUCCGAGUGUCUUUCAUUUUUGUUCAAACAUCAACUUAGUAAUCUGCAUCACAUUUGUGCUAUAUCGCUUAGCUUAGCUGUGCAGCCCACCACAUACAUAGUUUUUUUUUCUCUCUUUUCCUUUUUUUCCAACUCUCUGGGACAGGUUUUGGGACAGGUGUGCUACCGACUGACUAGCUGGUCAAGUAGUCAUAUUGUUUUUGGAUAUUUUCCCCC